AUGGUUGUAGACACAAAAUAUUAUGAUAUUCUUGGCGUUCAACCGAAUGCUACUGUGGACGAAAUCAGGAAGGCGUAUCGUAAAUUAGCUUUAAAAUUACAUCCAGAUAAAAAUAAUGGCAAUGAUCCAGAACAAUUUAAACAAUUAUCGCAAGCAUAUGAAGCAUUAUCUGAUGAAAAGAAACGGUCGUUGUAUGAUAAAUUUGGCGAAAAAGUAUUAAAAGAAGGUCCAAACUCAGAAGAUAAUCGAGGAAAAAAUCUUGUUCAUCAACUUAGCGUAUCAUUAGAAGAACUCUAUAAUGGUGCUGUUAGAAAAUUAGCUUUACAAAAGAAUGUUGUUUGUAAUAAAUGUAAAGGUAUUGGUGGAAAGAGAGAAGCAGUAUCGAAAUGUACAACAUGCAAUGGUUCUGGUUUUGUUGUUCGAAUUAAUCAGAUAGGACCUGGAAUGAUUCAACAAAUGCGAUCGCAUUGUUCAGAUUGUGAAGGUCAAGGCGAAAAGAUAGAUGCAAAAGAUAAAUGUAAAACAUGUGAUGGAAAAAAAAUUGCCCGAGAAAGAAAAAUUGUUGAAGUACAUAUCGAUAAAGGCAUGGAAGAUGGAAAGAAAAUAACUUUUAGUGGUGAAGGUGAUCAAGAGCCAGGACUUCAGUCAGGUGAUAUUGUUGUUGUUUUGGAUGAAAAAGAACAUUCGACAUUUAAACGUGAUAAAACGGAUUUGCAUAUGAAAAUGCAAGUAACAUUAAUUGAAUCGUUGUGUGGUUUUCAAAAAGUUAUCAAAACACUUGAUAAUCGACAACUUGUUAUUACAUCUUUACCAGGUGAAGUAAUUAAACCAGGCGAUAUUAAAUGCAUAUUAAAUGAAGGUAUGCCUGUUUAUCGAAAUCCAUUAGAAAAAGGUCGACUUAUUCUUCAUUUUGAUGUGCAAUUUCCAAAUAAAAAUGAAAUAAGCCCUGAGAAUAUGUCAAAAUUAGAAGCAUUACUACCGCAACGUCCACAAGUUAGUAUACCAAUGGAUGCAGAAGAAUGUGUUUUACUGGAAUUCGAUCCUCGACAAUCACAAAAUUCAAGCAGAAAUGAUAUAUAUGAUCAGGAUGAUGAACGUCAUCAAGGAGGACCAACACAAGUGAAUUGUGCUACACACUGA